UCAGAUACACAGGCGGGUUGCAUCAAUAAUAACACUGGAAAGAGGAGUAACACUCGCAACAAUCUGGCAGGGGAGUGAGGUGAGUGCCAGAGCCUUUAUACCCUUACUGAUUAUGUGAUAGAGAGCUGCGAGGUCAUGUGACCAGGAGUGACACCGGAACAAAAACACUAAGACCGGAAACCUAAACAGUCCGACAAAAUAAAACAGGAAAUACAAAACGGCCCCAGGAACCAUACGAACUGCUUGUUUUUCAAGUAUCGCUUCCUUGUUUGAACUGACCUCACUGACCCUGAAACUCUGAUGCUUUCACGCUUGAUUCUUGGCCUGUGAUGCAGGUCUGGGUUUGUGUGGAAUCUGGAGGCUUGAGGUAACAUGAUCUUAUGUGGAACAAUUACGUGAGGGCGAUCAUGUGUUAUUGAUAUGGUGUCUCAGCCUUUCCUUUCCUGUCUGGAAGCUCAAAAGCGCCACCCCGAAAGUGUGAAGCACAUUUUUCCUCACAGUGUGGACACAGAGCAUCGAGACAGCACCAGUGACGCCUGCUGCCGUCUUGAAGUUGUGAAUAUUUUCUAGGAACGCAGCCGUUUUCGCCCUCACCGCGGUGCCACCGUCAUGACUUCUCUCCUGGUUCUGUCCAGACUCCAGAUUCUGGGUGCGGUGCUCGGCUCCAUCGGGUGGAUGGGAACCAUCAUCAGCUGUGGUUACCCCAUGUGGACGGUCAUUUUUUUUCUGGGGUGCGGUAUCAUAUCUCAUUCCCCCAUCUGGGAAGGCCUGUGGAUGAGCUGUGUGGUCCAGAGAACGGGUCAGAAGCAGUGUAAGGUUUACAGCUCCAUGCUGGAGCUGCCCCAACACCUGCAGGCCGCCAGAGCCAUGGUGGUGGUCUCUGUGGUCACAGGGGCGGUCGCCGUCCUCAUGGUCGCGAUCGGAGGGAAAUGCCCGUGCCUGGAGGACAAGGUUGUCAAAGCCAAAGUCAGCAUCGCGUCCGGUGUGACCUUCAUAGCAUCGGCCCUGCUGAUCAUAAUCCCAGUGUCAUGGACUGCUCACUCCGUGAUCAGAGACUUUUAUGACCCCCUGGUGUUAAAUUCUCUGAGUAGGGAGUUCGGGGCUUCUCUUUAUAUCGGAUGGGCGUCUGGAGCGCUGCUGCUGCUGGGAGGGAGCCUGCUCUGCCUAAGAUGCCUUCCAAACCAUGAGAGACCCUACAAGUUCACUACUUUCACUUCUAGCGCGAGUGAUGUGUGAGGGGUUCGGCCGCAGCCUCAGCAGAAUCAGGCUCUAAGGUUCAGUCACGUGUUGUUGCUAAAGCUGAAGGACGAAGGAAAAGGAAACUCAGUGACAUACUGUAUAACUGUAACUGUGUGGCUCUAUCAAAGGUGGUGCAUCUUCUAUUUGAAUCUUUUUUUUUCUCUGAUUUCUUGUUACCAAUAGUUUAAAUAUUAAAUACAGUAGAUUGAACAACUCAUCUGUGCUUUGCUUUGAUAUGUACGAAUUGAAAUGCUGACAUUUGGAAACGAGUCUGUUGAAUAAUUAUAAAAUAAUCAUUGCUCAA